AUGUCCUUUUUUUUGACAGAAACAGCCUCCAAAAAGAUUAAUAUUGAAAAAACAAAAUUUCUCGAGUUGAGUAGUCGCAACAUAUAUCCACUUUGUAAGCCAUUUAGAGAACUUUCCAAAGAAAAUGCGGGAGGUUUAUUUGACAUAAUAGCUGAUAAUACAGCGGUUGAAUUUAAUCUUCCCAAAAAUAUAAAAGAAUAUCUCAAAGACCUUCUUAGCGAGAAAUUUUCUCCUUUAUUACCAUUAUGGUGGCUUACAAGUGGAUGGAGACGAGAAAACUCGGUCUACUCAAACACACAUAAUGACAGAGCGUAUAAUAUUAAUUAUAUCCAAAAACCAUCACAAUAUGGACACGCAAGCAGAAACGAUGCCGUUUUAUAUCAAGACAAGGAUGCGACGAUUCUAUAUGAACAAUCAUAUGGACCUAUGGAAUUUGUACCAUCACACCAAUUAGAUGAUUUCGUUAAACUUGUGUCAUGCUCUGAAAAUUAUAAUGCAUUUAAGAUAGAAUAUAUAGACAAAGAACCUUUGACUAUUAAGAUUGGAAAUUAG